AUGAAAUUUAACGCAAAAACAUUUAUUAACCUUUUUAAUCUUAAAAAAAAAAACAAAAGAUCCUCAAAUGAAAAAAAAUGGUUGGACAAAGCAAUUAAACAGAAAAGAAUUAAUCUUAAAGAUUACAGUAUAUUUUCUGAUAUUACUUAUAUCAAUAAAGGUGCUUCGGGACAAAUUUAUAGAGCUAAAUGGAACAAUGUAUAUGUAGCAUUGAAAGAAAUUAAAGAUGACAGUGAUAUGAAACGAUUUGUUUACGAGUUUAGAUCACAUAAACGAGUUGAUUAUCACGACAAUAUUUUGAAUAUUCACGGGAUAACGAAAGAUCCCAACUCGGGCAAUUAUUUAUUGGUUUUGCAAUAUGCAAACCACGGGACGCUCCAAGAAUAUUUGUCUGCGAAUGCUGAUAAAUUGGAUUGGGAAAACAAACUACGUUUGGCAUAUCAGCUUGCUAGUGGUAUACAAACAUUGCACCAUGAAGGAAUAAUUCAUCGAGACUUGCAUCUUUAUCCGUACAAUAUAAGAGAAAAUAAGGUCGAUGGAACACCUGAGGAAUACUUUGACUUAUACACCAGAUGUUGGGAUGCAGAACCAGAUAAUCGACCUGAUAUCAAAUUUGUUGUUGAAUGUCUUGAAGAACUAAGGAAACAUUACACUGUACCAAAUUCUAAAAAGAAUUCUACGAAUGAACACUUACAAAAUGCUUCGAUAGAUCCUAACAAUUAUCUUGAUUUGCACGAACUUAUAAAUAGACGAGAUCUGCGUAUGAAACAAAUGAUGGGUGGCACUAGUAAGAAUGAUAAAUAUAUUAGUGACUAUAACAACAACGGCAGUAAUGACGUCACGGUUAAUUCUUAUAGUCAGCUUUACAAUUCUAAUAAUGACAAUGCUUACUAUAAUUCAUCUUUACAUUCUAUUACAAUGUUCAUCCCAUUAAGUCUCAAGUUUUACAAUAAACGUUCAAUUGCCGAAGAAUUGUUCAUUUUUAAUGAUCAUUUAAAAACAUUCUCGACCAAGCUUAAUAAAAUGGACGAAAUUCUUUUGAUCCUUCAACCUUCAAAAGAUCUAAAGGAAUGGUUGGAUAAAGAAAAGGCAAUUAUUUUUCCUUACAGUAUAUUUUCUGAUAUUGCUUAUAUCAAUGAAGGUGCUUCGGGAAAAAUUUAUAGAGCUAAAUGGAAGAGCGAUAUAGAUGUAGCAUUGAAAGAAAUUAAAGAUGACGUUGAUUCGAGACGAUUUAUUUACGAAUUUAGUUCACAUAAACAAGUUGAUUAUGACGACAGUAUUUUGAAUAUUUACGGAGUAACACAAGAUCCUGACUCGAGAAAUUAUUUAUUGGUUUUGCAAUUCGCCAACCACGGGACGCUCCAUGAAUAUUUGUCUGUAAACGCUGAUAAAUUGUAUUGGGGAAACAAACUACGUUUAGCAUAUCAGCUUGCUAGUGGUAUACAAACAUUACACCAAGAAGGAAUAAUUCAUCGAGAUUUGCAUGCUCGAAAUAUUCUUGUAGUUAAUAACAAUAUUAAAAUUUCGGAUUUUGGAUUAUCAGGAUCCAGAAAACAAGUUUACGGGAACAUAAAAUAUACAGAUCUCAGAUACCCCAAAGAUGAGAAAUCGGACAUCUUUAGUUUAGGAGUUUUGUUAUGGCAAAUUUCAAGUUGUAAACCGCCGUAUGAAUCAAUUAAAGAUGUCCGGGAUAUUCAUCUGAAUAAUCUAAGAGAAACUAAAGUCGAUGGAACACCUGAAGUGUACUUUGGUUUGUACACCAGGUGUUGGGAUCCAGAACCAAAUAAUCGACCUGAUAUCAAAUCUGUCGUUGAAUGUCUUGACGAACUAAGACAACAUUAUUACACUGUACCAAAUAUUAUUCAAGAGUAUCCGAGCGGGUACUUACAAAGUGCUUCGACAGAUCAUAGCCAUAGCAGUGGAACGUAUCAUAAGCUUGAAUUGCACGAACUUAUAAAUGAACGCCAUAUGAAACAAACUAUGGGCAGCACUAGUAAUAGUAAUCAAUACAUUAGUGACUCUAGCAUUGGUGACAUUAACAACAAUGACAAUAAUGACAAUACAAUUAACAUUGAUAACUCUUUUAAUAAUGUAGAAGGCUGUAAAAAUGAAGUUGAUUAUCAUUCUGUCGGAGUGAAGAAUACAAUUAAUGGCUUGAAAACGUCAUUGAAUGAUGAUAAUGAAGAAGAAUAUGAACCUUGGCCAGAGGAAGAUGAUUUAGAAGAAGAUCUCGCCAAACGUUCCGCUGAUCCAUACUACUACAAGAAGAAAUACCACCACUACUACAAACGUGAUGCAUACUACAAGAAGAAGCACGAUUACUACAAACGUAGUGAAGAUGAAGAUGAAGAAGAUUUAGCCAAGCGUUCCGCCGAACCAUACUACUACAAGAAGAAGCACGAUUACUACAAACCCAAGCGUUCCGCCGAACCAUACUACAAGAAGAAGCACGAUUACUACAAACGUGAUGCCGAUGCUGAAGCAUACUACAAGAAGAAACACGAUUACUACAAACGUGAUGCCGAUGCUGAAGCAUACUACAAGAAGAAACACGAUUACUACAAACGAAUAGGAGGAGCUCUUAGAAUUAGAGGUGUGUUUUUAUCUAGAUAUUAUCCAUAUGCUAAAAAAAUCUAUUCACCUAAACCAACAUGGGGCAAUCAUAAUGCUGUAUUUAAAGAUUACAGUUUAGAAAUAGAUUCAUACAGAUAUUAUGAUAAAACCAAUGGAUUUAAUUUUAAUGGAUUGCUAGGAGUAGAUCCAACCCAACAACAAUGGUAA